UAAAGAAAACAAAAGAAAUAAACAUUGUUUAAACAAAUUGUUUAGUGUUACAUUCAUUUUGGAAUAUUAAAUCUUCUUUAUUUCAGUGCAAAAAUAAACAAAAUUUAUUUAUUCUCUUUUUCUGUUCGUGUAUUUCUUUGCCCUUCUAUGUUAAAUGUAAUCGAUUGAAUUUAUUUUCAUAACGAAUUCGGUAAAAUAGACGAGACAAAGAGAGAGCGUUUCGACGUUUUAUAUGAAAAUGGCGCAACCGCCGCCAGAUCAAAAUUUUUAUCAUCCACACCCGCAUCCUCAUGCACAUCCCCAUCCACAGUUGCAAUUGCCACCACAGUUUCGGAAUCCCUUUGAUUUGCUUUUUGACGAACGUACUGGUGCAAUCAACUAUAACUAUAUACGACCAUAUAUUCCAAAUCAAUUGCCAAAGCCAGAUGAUCUGUCCGAUUCAUUGGUUAUGCGUCGACCUCGACGAACGAGGACUACAUUUACUAGUGCUCAAAUUGCUGAAUUGGAACAACAUUUUUUACAAGGCAGAUAUUUAACGUCAUCUCGACUUGCUGAACUAUCAGCAAAACUAGCACUUGGCACAGCUCAAGUAAAAAUUUGGUUUAAGAAUCGUAGACGACGUCAUAAAAUUCAAUCGGAUCAACAGAAAGACUUCUCCUGUGAUGGCAUGCCUCUAUCACCCACUGUAUCGAACUCAGUGAAAUCUGAUUCAAAUGGAAGUGCCAGUAGUUGCAGCAGUAGCGGAUCAUCAGCAUCAUCUGCUGGACCACCGAGCUUGCAGUCAUUGAGUCUGAAUGGCAGUGGUGGAUCAACACCAAAUGCAUUAACACCCUCUCCAACCCCGACGACACCGACCGCAAAUCUCAUGGAACACUAUGGGGAGUCUGCCUUCAAUCCCUACUAUUAUAAUAAUCAUCAUGCUUCUCAUCCACCACACCAUCAUCAUCAAGCUCAUCAUCAUACACAUGCUUCAUUGACACAUCCUUAUGCUGCAGCCGGAACACAAUAUUAUCCUCCUCCACCUCCACCUGGCAGCUUGCAACAUCACCAGCAUCAACAUCAGCAACAAUAUCACGCUCCUCAUCCUCAUCAAUUUCAGAUGCAGCACAAAGCACAACCGACAUCCAUUAAAGAUGAUCCCGAUUACAACUUCAAUAAUCCGUAUUACAUGAGAAUGCCAACAUCGUUAGCUGGUAACGCUGCUGCAACAUCUGUGCAACCAUCAUCAGCAAUGUCUCCGAACUCUGAAGUCUAUGAACCUCUAACACCAAAAAAUGACGAAAAUUCUAGCCUUUGUAACGGCGUAGGCGGUGGCGAUGCGCCAGAAGAUUUGAAUGAAACUAAAACAAAAUUACGUGUGCUUGUAACCAAUAAUGCCAAUGGUAAUGACGACACUUGUAGCAAUGGUAAUCCUAUUGGCAGUGAGAGUUCUGGCACUCCUAUUAACAUUAUGGAAGAUUGUACUGGCGCAUUUGCGAAAUUUCAAAAAAUGUCAACCGACACCAGCGAUCCCAACUAUCAGUGUACGAUGGAUACGCUUAUGCACGCGUAUAAUAAUCAUCGUAAUACGUCAGCAAACACACAGCAAUUUGCCACCUAUUGCUUCAACUGACUUGAUCUAUCUAUCAAUCAGAUGUAUGGAUGUGGAGUUGUUAACGUAUCGUCGUAAUUCAAUUGUAAUGUACUAACCAACCAACUAUGUUGUUCCUUGAUUGUAUAAAGUUAAUAUUAUAAAUUGUUAUAUAGAUUUCCUUGUUUUUGCCAACAUUAUAUUAAAAAUUUAUUAUUAAUUACUUUAGUUUAAUAUUUAAGUUCUUAAUGUCAGACAUUUUACCUCUUUCCCUGUCUCUCUCUCUUCCUUAAAACUAUUUCAAAGAAUAUUAAAGUAGAAUAUCGAAUCAUAUUUAAAAUAAUUUCACCAAUUGCAUUUUGUUUACAAAAAAUCGAUUUUUAACAUUAAUUAUAAGUUUUUUUUGUAAGUUGUUUUAAGUAUUUUAUAGAUUAAGUUAGUAAUUUAGUACAUAAAAACUACACUAAUUUAUAUUCGCUGUUCAUCUAGCAAUGUUGCCAACUCCAGAGCCCAUGACUUUGCAACAUUGCAUCAGAUGAAUGUAUGGGCUCGAAUAUAGUUUACUGUAGUUUUUUCUAUUUUUUAAUUAGGUCUCUUUAGUUUUAAGUUUUAGUCAAUUUAAUGUUCUAUAAGAUGUUCUCUUCCUGGCAACCCGACCAUAUUUUGCAAAAUAAUUGAGAAAUUCUUUAAACUGUUAUACAAUCAAAAUGUAAAAUGUUACUCUUAUUAAAAACUUAUUAUCGUAAAGAUCUGAAAAUGGUUUUUAAUCGUAGAGUGAACAUUUAAAAAAUAAAUAUUCAAUGUGAGUAUUUUUCAAAAUAAAUGAACUUUCUUUCAACACCUAUUUCUCUUUUCCAAGAAAAGGGGCAAAAUGAAUUCUUUGUUCCCUUUUUGAAAUCUUAAGAAAAACGAAGAGGGAACCUGUGAAGAAUCCAAACUUUGUCAUCUUAAGUGGUGUUAAUUAUUUUGAAAAUAUUGCUGGUUGUCACUUUCAAUUGUAAAACAUCUUGUAUUAACAUUAAAUUAAAUCUGAUAAUCGAUUAUUCUAAACAAAAUGCAUAGUAAAUUUUAUUUUAAAUAUGUUUUGCAUUCUAAUUACAAAAAGAAAACAAAAACUAGAAUUACAUACAUAAUUGACAUUGUGAUAUAUUUACAUAUUUAGGGAAAUCUUGUUGUAUUUAAGACUAAAUUUACUUUUUUUCAUUUAAUCAAAUAUUUCGUAAACGAAAUUGUUAUUCAUGAUUUGUAAAAUCGUUGUUGACAAAAAAGUUUAAUAAAUUUUCAAAAAUCUUUUCGUUUGCAAA